GCAGUGGAAGAUGAGAGAGGGGAUAAAAGUGGACUUGGGCGAGAGCAAAUCGAAAACCGUCAUCCUGCCGUUGUAUUCCCAAUGCAGCGAUGAGUAGUUGGCAAGGAUAUUUUAUUAUAGGAGACACUGUGUCCCUUCCCUCUUUAAUGAAGGAGGAACAAGUUAGAGGAGGUAGUCUCUGGAGAUUCGUGUGAUAAAAAUACCCAGGAACUUGCAAGCCGUAAAGCAGUUGUGUAGUAUCUGAGAAAUGCUUUUUCAGGGAGGGAGUUGAGGCGCUGCUGCUGUAGGAUUGUGCUCGUGUAUGUAAUAGUCUCCCCCCUCUGGCAAUGAUGUAGCUUUCAAAAAAGAUCAUUGUUCCUAACUUUGUAAAUAUUAGGAAGGCAUCGCAUUUCAAAACUUUAAGGCUUGAAGAUUAAUUUCCAUAGGGUCGGCAAACUUUUUGCACUAGCACUUCUCUCCCUUUUUUUCGGGGUUAUUUCUGCUCUUUUGCAAUUAAAAACGUGAAGCUUCAGACUUGACAGAACCUUGACAAGCUAUUUUUAUAUCUAAAUGUGAAGAUAAUAGUAACAAUGAAGUUAAGAGCAUCCGUGCCCCGUGUCACACAGUGACUUACCGGCUUAGUCUUGAUGAGUGUCAUUCGGAUGUCAGUCUUCCCAGAUUCUUUUUGGCAUCUGUGAACUUGACUGAUAACACUUCAGAACAUCUGCCAGAAGCGGCAAUGUUGUGUGGGAAUAAGCACAAAGUUUAGAAGUGUAAUCUCUGGAUGAAAAGGAAAACUUUAAAAAAACUACUAGUGACUUUUGGGCUGUGGGAUAAGCAGCAGGGGAAGACUGAGUUUUUUGUUAAUAUCUCAGAUUUUAGUUUGGGUUUUUUUUCCCCACUUGAAAUUUCCCAGAAUUGUUUUCAUUAUCAUCGUAACUGUAACACAUGAGUACGAAGGAAAACUAUUGUUAUGGCUGGCUUUUAAGAGUGCUGUUAUAUACAUUUUGAGCAUGAUUACAUGUUGAUGGAAUUCAAAACUGCUGAUUACAUUUGGUCACCUUUCCUACUAUUGGCCAACCAAUUCUGAUAAUGAUAGCAAAAGGAAGAUUUGAAAAUGGUACCACAAAAAAUACAAACCCUAGUAGAAUAAUACCACUGUUUGUAUACAAUCACUUGGACCAGCAAUUAGAAAUGAUGAUUUAUUUGAUCUGUAAUUCCUCAGAGAAAUAUUGCCAAAAACCCCUCAACACUCCCAGCAAAAAACUGAAGGGGGGCACAAAGAGAGAAAAUAUAUCAGGCAUCUGAAAUAACAGCAGAUUCUGGAUUUUUGAAUAAAAAUAAACCUGCUUUAGUAAAUACUGCUCUUCUUAGGAAAGCAAGACUGUUGGGUUCACAUGCACAAGUAAUUGUUCCACUUCUCAGUCAGACAGUGCAUGGUUCAGUGAAGUAGGUACUAAACUUUAUGAUCAAAUCAGUAUAGCUUUGAACUAGGGGAGAUCUAUGGCAUCCAUAAGAAACAUCAUCAUAACCUUAAAUCUAUAAAAUAACUUACUCUGCAUUGUGACAAAUAUUUUUCAGCUAUGUUGUAAACGAGGACCCGUGUGCUACUAAAUAAAUUCCUCAUCAUUUCAGUGCCUCGUUAGUUUGUACACAGUAAAAAGAGUUUUGCAGAGUUUUUUGGAAUAUAAGUACGAAUUAAAAAUUAGCAAAAUCAUAAAGUGAGGUGAAUAGAAAGGAAAGAUAUUCAAAAUGCAUUUUUUUUCAUUGAGGAAAUAAUUAUUUAUUUUCAGUUUGAAUUAUUGGUUAAGUUUCUUAGUAAGGCUAGAAAAAGUCUGUGGAGCAUAUAUCUUUUUAAGUAUCAUUGUUUGUUUUUUUUUUUCCAAAGCAGCUUGCAGUACAGGCUCCAGGAUGGUAGUGGAGCUGGAAGGAUUGGAUUAUAAAGAUGUGCAUGGUAUAAGUAUACAGUAUACAAUAUAAAAAAAAAAUUAAAAAAAGAAGAAAUUUCCCAAGUAACUAUUGACCAAAACAGUCUGUUUGAGUAUAAACUUUUUUACUGAUUUUUCAGGUUAAGUCAUGGCAAAAACAGGAGGUCAGGCAAACCAGGUUAGUGCCUUGGAAAUGGGGAAGCAUGGUAGAGUGUUCAAAAAGACAACAGAAUGUAUUUUUUUCUUCAUUGUGCAUCAAAGUCAACGAUAAUAGUUUAGAAAUUCAUGUCUGAAUAUGCAUUUAUUUUUUGAAAAUGGUAUGGAGAAAAAUGCAGUUUUAAAAAGACAUUAGAUGAGUCAAUAUGACAAUAGUGAGAGAAGGAAUAGAAAAACUGUAGAAGGUAUUUGAGAAGCUGGAAAGAAUGAAGUGGUGGUGAACUGUGUAGUAGGCUGGGCAGUGUGUGAAACUGCCACGUGAAGAAACAGAGCAAAUUCAGUGGUAGAAAUAAGAGUAACUUGAAAUAGGAGAGUUUAAAUCUGGAUUGUUUGAUAAGUAGGAAAAAAAAAAAAAGCUGCCAAAAGUUUGUCCAGCCUGUACUUCAGGACAACUGGUUAGAUUAUGGGGUGUGCUGCUAUGGAAUGGUUCUUAGCUCUGUUUCAUUGUGGUGGGUCUGUCAUGUUCAAGAUUACUGUUACACUGUGAUGCUUCUGCUGUGCAAGAGCUCCCAUAUAUAUGGAAAUGAAGUACAAUGUUAUUUAAGAUCUGAACACUUGGAGUAUCAUAAAAGAAUUGCGAUGGUUUUUUAUCCAUUUGUGCUACAUAAAGGUUGAACAGUUACUUGAUUUAAGUGAUGUGUUUCUCUUGCCUCCUUAAAUAAUUUUAUGUCAUGGAAUAUGAAUACUGUUUAAUACUGAACAAAAGGCAGUUCUAGCAGGAUUUAUUUCUUGUGAGAUUAGAGUCAGAUAUUCUGUUUAGAAAUAUGGUCAAAUCUAGGCUGUUUUCUUUCCCAUCCCUUUUAUGUAGUGUUGCUACCAGGGUGAUAUUGAGAAACAAAGGGCUGUUCUGUAGCAGAAGAAGCAAAAAUAUGUUGGCUUUACAGAGCACCUGUACCAGCUGAUUACCUUUCAGGUGCUGGUAGUAGAGCUUUUUAAGGUAUGCAAAAUCACAGAUGCAAAUUGCAUCUGAUGUGAAAAGGGAAUAGGAGUUGGGGGUGUGUUGCUUCAGUAAUCAGUGUGUGGGGCUAAUAAGCGGAGCAUUUGUGGAGCUCAAGGGAAAAAAUAAGUAAGAAGCUCUAGAGUCAGGUGUCUAAAUCUCAGUUUGUAGAAACAAAAUGAUUAGUGAAUGAAAGUAGGGGAAGAGAAAUAGAAAACCUGUUAUAUACAGACUGUUAAAAGAUAAUCUUACUAAGUGCCAGCUAGGUGCUGCGCUGUUAGUAAAUGUUGUCCUUUUUUUAGUGUUGGUGUGGUUAUCUGUUGAAGAACAAUAAACUUUAAGAGUGUGACUUUCCAUCCGGUGUUACACCAGAGUGCUGCUGUGGGGGUGGCCUGAGCUGCUGUUCUGGGGUUGAACGAGGCUUUGUCCAAACCAAGUUCUUUAUGGGAAGGUUACAGCUACAGCCUGGUUAGAUAAGUGUGCAGAGUGAGAGUGCUGAGAUUGUCUGUCUGCUUGCUCUGGAGCCCUUCUACCUUUCCACUUAAAGGUGGGCUUUGUGAUGACAGAUUACUUUGCUCUAGCACAGUUUGUGUUUGUACUUGGACUUUUGUUUCCAGCUUUGAAUGAAUGUGUUGUAUUGAAUCAGGAUUAUUGGAAGGUGGUUUUUUUUUUUUCUGUUGUACUGAUUAGUAUGUGGGUAGUAAUGCAGAAGUUCCUGUGAGGAAUUUUCUGAGGGACCUGAUAGUUGGAUAUGAACUAAGUGGCCAGAUUUUCUUAGUGAAGAAUAGGUAUAGGUGCAAUUCUUUAAUCAUUAAUAAUUUGUUAUACCAUAUGGUGUUUGAUUUUGUUGUUGUUUGAAGAGGAGGAGGAGGUGUAUAUGAUCUUUAAAUGUACCUUCUUACCCAAGCAAUUCAAUGGUUCUGUGUAUCUAUGGGGUUAUUUUGUUAGGAUUAGCCUGUCUAAAACAAGAUUUUAGAGAAGUACUUACUUGAAGGGCAGUUGUAUUCAGUGCCUCAGAGAUCACAGCUAUCUGAAGUACAGUAAUGUAUUUUUAUUGAGAGGAUGGAGAAGAUGAUGAAUUACUUCAUUAGGCAUGAAAUAAGUUGGUCAGGCUUUCUCAUUAGAGGUAAAGGGGUCAUUAGCAUUAUUCUUUAUUCCUGGUUAAAAAGCAGAUGGGUUGCUUAGAAAAGAGUAUCAUGUUAGUGUGGGAAGAAAUCACAAGAUGAGCUAAGAAAGAAAAGAUGGGAAUAGCUGAAUGUGGAUAAAAUGCAAGGAAAUAUAUGAGAAGUUAUUAAAGAGUGAAAUGUGCAGUAAAGACCUUGCUGGGGAAAAUAAUUAUCUUAUUUGAGUCUAUAAAGUGGGGAGAGAUGAAAAAGCUCUUAGAUGAAAGCUUGUCUUACUCUCCUGGAUGUGAAGAUAGUGGGUUAAAAUGUGGGUCCAUAUGAGUAAGACUUGAGGGGGCUCAUGGCCAACACUUACAUUGGUUCUAGAAAAGCUGGACCAGUGGCUGCUUAUUACACAACUUAGUACCCAGUCUCGUGAUGAAGAGCUUUAAGACAAAGCACAACUUCCAGGUCAGGGUAAAAUCACAGAACUAACUUUUUUGUAUUAUCCAUGAACACUUCAGGAGUUAUUUUUCUCCUCAUUUUUUCAGCAGGUGCUAGUGCUGUCCCUGGAGUGCAGUGGCAUGUACAAAAUUUGGAGGCAUUGAAAUGGCAAUCUUCUGCUGAAGGUGCCUUAGCUGGACCAGUUGUUGAUCCACAUGUGACAGCAGUUUGGGGGAAGAAGGUUGCACUGAAAUGCAUAAUUGAUGUAAAUGAAACAAUAACACAAGUUUCUUGGGAGAAGAUAUAUGGGAAAAGUUCACAGACUAUUGCUGUUCAUCAUCCUGAAUAUGGAAUAUCUGUUCAAGGAGAAUACCAAGGAAGAGUGGCAUUUAAAAACUACUCGCUUACUGAUGCAACAAUCAUUUUAAAAAAUGUAAGCUUUUCUGAUGCAGGAGAGUAUAUUUGCAAAGCAGUUACAUUCCCACUUGGAAAUACACAGUCAUCAACAACUGUAACAGUACUGGUUGAACCCGUUGUGAGCUUAACGAAAGGACCAAACCCUCUAAUAGACGGUGCAAACGAGACAGUAGCAGCCACUUGUACAGCAGCCACUGGAAAACCUGCUGCACAGAUUGACUGGGAAGGAGACCUUGGUGACAAAAAAACCACCUCUACUCCGUUUCCAAAUGAAACAGUGACAGUUGUAAGCCAGUACGUGAUUAUCCCCACACGGUUUGCAAGAGGAAGACACAUAACUUGUGUUGUGAGGCACCCGGCUUUGGAAAAGGAGAUCCGAUACCCUUAUGUGUUGGACAUACAGUAUGCCCCAGAAGUUUCAGUAACUGGCUAUGAUGGAAACUGGUUCAUUGGAAGAGGGAACGUUCAGCUCAAAUGUAAUGCUGAUGCAAAUCCAUUACCUAUGGAAUUUAUGUGGACCAGGUUGGAUGGACAGUGGCCUGAAGGAUUGCUGUCUGUCAACAAUACUCUGCAGUUCAGCAGCCCAUUGACUUAUAAUUACACUGGGACUUACAUCUGUAAGGUGACUAAUUCACUUGGUCAGAGGAGUGAUCAGAAGACUGUCUACAUAUUAGAUCCUCCUACUACUACCACUCGGCUGCCCACGGUUCCCUGGCAUCCUUCGACUGAUGGCAUCACAGGUUUAGCAACACAGCCUAGAAUAAUAGAUUUCCCAACAUCAACCUUGCCAACAAUGCAGGACGACUCUUGGGGUACCAUCAUCGGUUCUGUGGUGGGUGGGCUUCUUUUACUCUCACUUCUCAGUAUUCUGGGUGCAGUUCUCUGCUAUAGGAGAAGAAAGACGUUCCGUGGUGACUACUUUGCUAAGAGCUACAUUCCACCAUCAGAUAUGCAGAAAGAGUCUCAAAUAGAUGUUCUUCAGUCAGAUGAUGUGGAUUCUUACCCUGACAGUAUAAAAAAAGAAAUAAACCAUCCAAUGAACAUAAUAUCUAAAGAUUAUUUAGAAGACCCUGAAAAACCUGAGUUGAACAAUAUAGACAAUACUAACAGGUACCAGGAACGUUAUGAAAGACGAAUGGAUUACUAUGAAGGUGGAACAUAUGGAUUGAGUUUUAUGGCUGGUGAAUUAUACGAUGAUGAGGACUUUGUUUCUCACUUAGAUGGCGCGGUAAUAUCUCGGAGGGAGUGGUAUGUGUAGUAACCACUGAAAACUAAAGGUGUAUCUGCAGUUCAUUUCAUUGGCUGGUCACUUUCAGAUUGUUUAUACUUAAACAAGAGAGGAGGAAUAAACUUUUUGAAACUGAAUUUUUUUUUUUUUGAAGGUUUUUAUAUUGUAACUUGACACAAUGAAAUACUGAAUCUGGGGAAAAUGUAUUUGAGCUGCUUUUUUUUCCCAAUGCUGUACUACUGUUUAAAAUUGGAGUUUUAAUGCAGAGUGCUUAUAUUGCUCUAUGUCAGAGGUAAAAAAAAAAGGCUAAAUUAAAGUUCCCAUUCAAUAUUGUUUAAGAAUAAAAAGUGGCUGUCUUGGUUCUCUGAUUUAAAAGGAAGUUUACCUAAGUCCAGUGAUCAAAUAUAAUCUUCUGGGGCUUUGAAUUAUUCCAGUGUAGGUACUAUCCAUGGUAAACUUAAUACUUCUAUAUAGCAAAUACUUUACCAAUUAAAAUAAGUUACAGCAGAAUUAAAGCUUUAUUUUUUAGGUUUUUUUUCUGAAUAAAAACGAAUACCUCUUAGCAUUUCAAUGAGCCUUCUUGUAACUAUAUACUUAAAAGUUAAGUCAUUGCACUGAAACUAACUUAUGAACAAAAUUUUGAGGAGUAACUGUAAACAGGUCAAAGGCUUGUAUUUGAAUAAGAUGAAAAGUUAUUUUUUUAUAGUCAUUGAUUUCUAAAGCUUAUUCUAGUGUCUGUAUAUACAUACAGUAAGGUAUUUUGUUAGGCCUGUAAUUGGCAGGAUGUCAAAACUCAUUAACGCAUACAAGGUGCUCUUUGCAAGUACACAGGGUGCAAUUUUUGAGACCUGUUCCGGAGGCUAUGUGGGAAUCUUACUGUUGAAUUUGAAAGCUGGAGAAUUGGGCACAACUAAGGAGAAUUAUAUAGAUUCCGAAGCUGGAGGCUAAUGUGAAUUUGCUUAUUUUCCCAGGUGCCAAACAAGUUAAGAGUUUUUAUGACCAGAGGUUAAAACAGCGGUUUUACGCUGCUUCCGAAUAAGUUACAAUGCUUGCUUUGAAGAGGGUAACUAGUUUCAGAUUAUUAGUAGGGAAGUGGACACUUGCACUGCUACUUCAUUUGUUGAAAACACACUCUCCAGUGAUGCAACUACAGAAUCUAUGAAACAGGAAUUCUGAUGACUUGUGCGGUCUCUGUACUGCAGUGGAUUUGUUUUCCCUGCAAAUAAUCAAUACUGAUUUAACAACAUGUUCUUGUUCUUUCCAAUGACAUUGUAUCCAUUAUAUGUAGGACAUCUUGUUUGACAUCUGAAGUAGUUCUACUUUGUCUUGAGCAGAUUCACCAGACUAAAUCUGCUGAUUAUUUAGGGAGGAAUGAAAAAACUUUAGAGGAAUUACAGAACAAUGAUAAAUUCAUACUUAGAAUAGUAGAUCUUUUGAAGUGCCAUUUUUAAGUGUUUAGCUUAAGGAAAUUGAAGCUGAUAAGGCUAUUAGUAUUUGGAACCUGAAAAGGGAAAAGUCUCUGCUACCUUUGAGGUGAAAUAGGCUGCAUUAUUACAGCUGCUUCAUGAGCAUUCAUGUUGGAAGUUCUUUUCUAGCCUCACGAUGUUUGGUAGCUUUACAGCAUUUAGAGCUUCAUGAACAUAGUUGUAUUGAGCGUUGUAGACAAUACACUGUGAUUGCAUAUGACUGCAUGUCUUCAAAAAAGAUUAAGACAACAGCUUUAUUUGAAAUUCCAAUGGAAAAGCAUCCCUAAACAACUUAAGUUUGUGUUUGGAUUAAUGGAGUACUAAUACACGAUUGACCAAAGUCUCAAGAAUGAUAGCAAGUGGUUAUCUGUAGUUUGGGUGCAAACACAAGGAAAAGAGUUAAAUUUCUAGCAGAAGGUUCUGAUCCAAAUUAUUUCUGGAAUAAAGAGAUUAUACCUCUCUUCAAAUAAAAAUACUUGAUAUAUCAUCUUUAAAAGAUGGUGUUACUUUGAAAUAAACAUUAACCAUAAACCAGUUUUCCACAUGGGAUAUCUUGCUUUUGUCUCUGUGGAUUUUUUUUUUGCUUUGAUUUUUAAAAUAUAUAUAUGUUUAAUUCCUAUGGGUUAAGAAGUUGAAAUGUUCUGGAAUUGAAGUUGAUAACACGGAUAGGGCUUACGCGUGUUGCAAUGUUUUGUACAUUAUGUCUGCUGUAAAAAGAAUUGAUUGUAAGUACAAAUGGCUGUUGUGUGAAUAAACUUUUUGUUACAUUCUGGAACAUAGGUAGUGUUCAAAAAUGUUUCAAAGGUAUGUUCUUAAAAAUUGAAGACAGAAAAGCACAAUAAACACAGAGGCUGGAUAGAAUGAACUGAAGUGUUUAAACUGUUUAAGAUGGGCUUUUUAGCACUUCCCCUUGUAGACCCUAAGCUUAUAAAACAAGUGUCUUCAGGAACUAUUUUAAGAAGAUAAGAGAAUGAUAAAUGGAGAUAGUUGCUGCCAAACAAUUUCACUUAAAGCAUAGCUGAUCCACUAUCUAGAAAUUGCCUGCUUUAAA